UCCAGUUACUCAGGCUUUAUGAAAUCUUAACCAUGUUAAACUGUGAUGAUCCACCACCUAGUGUGAUUACCCAUCUCUCUUCUUUGAUGGGUCUGAUGGAAGACAGAUGUGUAGACAAUUGUUCAGGGCAUGGAGACUGUUAUGGGGGAAUAUGCAUUUGUGAGGUGCAGUACAGUGGAGGAAGUUGCACUGACCCUAACCUGGGUUACUUUAUAGCAUUUUCCAGUAUAUUUUACACCAUAAGUGUAAUAUCUUUUGUCCAGUUGCUACUGUGUGUAAAAUCAGAAUAUGGACGAAUGAAAUCUCCAUCUUUGCUAAAAGCAUGUAAAAUCACAACUCAGAAAGCACUCUAUGUUUUAAUCUGUAUUGCUACUUCUAUUAGAGGAUUUUACUUCUCAUCUCCGGAACAUGCUGCUCUUCAGUGGACAUCAAGUUUACUAAGCGCAUAUUAUCCAGUUCUUCUCUCUGGCUCCUCUCUUGUUGUUUGCUUUUGGGCUGAGGUUUUUCACGUACAAGACAAAAAACUUGACAAGCCAUCUUUUCUCAACAAAUCAUUUUUUGGUUUCCUUGCUUUUAAUGUCAUUAGUUAUUCACUACUCUUGACUGAACUAAUAUUGCUACAGUUAGGAGAUCACAGUGAAAAUGAAAGAAAUUUUUUCACAAGUCUGUUCAAUGGAUUUUAUGCUGGACUUAUGCUUAUUGUAGUAAUAUUUUUCCUUGUUUAUGGGACACUCAUGUACUUUCAGCUUCGUGGAGGAUUUAUUCAAAGCUCAUCAACAGCUGUCAAUACAUCUCAACUUCAUCAGUCUCGACUAGGGCUUGUAUCUCAAGGAGUUCUACUCCUCAUUACCAUAGCUUUUAUUAUCUCUGAUGUUCUGGGAAGUUCUUGGAAAAAUAAGUAA